AUGGAAAAAGAUUAUAAUUAUUUUUUUAAAAUAUAUAUUAUAGGUGAUAUUAAAAGUGGGAAAACCUGUUACUUAGAUAGAUAUAUAGAAGAUAGCUUUAACCCCAUGGAAUCGUCUGCAUUCCUUGGUAAUAGUUAUAGUUAUAGUAAUAGCACUAAAAAGAUUUAUUUUAAUAAUAACUGUAUCAUAAAACUUCUACUGUUGGAUUAUAAUAAUAUUAAUUCAAGAUUUAUAAACUAUGAUUCCUAUAAUGAAAUAAAAGGGUCCCAUGGAAUUAUUUUUACCUAUGAUAUCUGUAAUAGAUAUUCAUUUGAGAACUGUAUAAAAUAUUAUCAAGAAUUAAAAAAAGAACUAUUUGGUUGUACCCAAAUUAUUUUGGUUGGGACAAAAUUAGAUAUAGCUGAAAUUGAUGAAAAAAAAAGAAAAGUGACUUAUGAUGAAGGAAAAUUAUUUGCAGACCAACAAGGGCUAGAAUUUUAUGAAACCUCUUCAAAACAAAAUAUUGGUGUUCACCAAUCCAUGUUGGCUUUAAUUGGUCAAAUAAUAGAUAGUAAUAAUCAUAGGAGGGAAAAUAAGUAUAAUGAUAUCAAUAGCAAUAGCAAUAAUAAUAAUAAUAAUAAUAAUAAUAAUAAUAAUAAUAAUAAAUCAAAAUGUACUAUUCAGUAA